GCCAAAGAAGCGAGCGUGUGGCCGCCGCGCCUUCCUUCCGCCUUUCCUCCACCCGGCCCGCUGCUUCGUCGCCGAUCGGGAAAGGAGCCGCUUCCAGGGAGGCCCAGGCGAGGCCUCGGGACGGUCCCUCCUCCGUUCCCCGCCGGGUCUUGCUUGCAGGGUGUCUUUCGCACUCGGGGAGGCCUCGGCGGCGACACUCUGCAGGCACUCGUCGGGAUGGCAGCGAGCUGACGCGGAACCACCGAGGAUGUCCUGGACUGAGUCGCUCCGCGGGAAGAUCUCCGGGGCCUUCUACAACCACGGCUUGCGCUGCGCCUCCUGCCCAAUACCCAUCAUCCUCUUCACAGGCCUCUGCGUCCUGGCCUGCUGUUAUCCAUUACUGAAGCUCCCGCUUCCGGGCACGGGGCCGGUGGAGUACACCACGCCAGUGAAGGACUACAGCCAGCCGCCCCUGUUCCCCACCCAGCCGCAAGGAGAGCUGAGCGAGCGUCCUGACUGGUACUCUGGAGCGCCCGUGGCCUACAUCCAACAGGUCCUGGUGAAAGCCACGGUUUCUCCGUGGCCCAAGAACUUCCUGGCUGUUGACGUCUUUCGUGCUCCGCUCGCCCGGGUCUUCCAGCUGGUGGAGGAGCUGCGGAACCACGCUUUGCGCGACGGUCCCCGGAUUAAAACUUUGGACGAUGUCUGCCUUCAAGUGACCGACCUCCUGCCCGGCCUGAAGAAGCUCCGGGGGCUGCUCCCCGAACACGGCUGCCUUCUCCUCUCCCCCGCCAACUUCUGGCAGAACGACCGGGAGCGGUUUGGCGCUGACCCUGAUGUCAUUAAAACCAUCCACCAGCACGAACCCAAGACCCUGCAGACGUCGGCGACCCCGAAGGAUCUCCUGUUUGGAGUUCCAGGAAAGUACAGCGGGGUGAAUCUCUACAACCGGAAGCGCGUGGUCAUCUAUGCCAUCACUUUGGGUCUGCGGCACUACGACGCCAGGUUCCUCUCCAGCCUCCGCUCGCGGCUCAAGCUGCUCCAUCCCAGCGCCAACAGCAGCCUGCGGGAAGACCAGAUGGUCCACGUCCAUUUUAAGGAAGAAAUCGGCGUUGCCGAACUCAUCCCUCUCGUCACCACCUAUGUCAUCCUCUUUGCUUACAUCUACUUCUCCACCCGCAAGAUCGACAUGGUGAAAUCCAAGUGGGGUCUGGCUUUGGCCGCCGUCGUGACAGUGCUCAGCUCUCUCCUGAUGUCCGUUGGGCUGUGCACGCUGUUUGGCCUCACGCCGACGCUCAACGGAGGAGAAAUUUUCCCAUACCUGGUGGUUGUGAUCGGCAUCGAGAACGUGCUGGUUCUCACCAAAUCGGUGGUGUCCACGCCAGUCGACCUGGAAGUAAAGCUGCGGAUUGCUCAGGGUCUGAGCAACGAGAGUUGGUCCAUCAUGAAGAACAUGGGCACGGAGCUGGGGAUCAUCCUGAUUGGCUAUUUUACCUUCGUCCCGGCCAUCCAGGAGUUCUGCCUCUUUGCUGUGGUGGGCCUGGUGUCCGACUUCUUCCUCCAGAUGUUUUUCUUCACCACCGUCCUCUCCAUCGAUAUCCGUCGGAUGGAGCUGGCUGAUCUCAACAAGCGUCCUCCCGCCGAAGCCUGCCUCCCGCCCCCCAAACCCGGUGCCCGGGGCCCACGGUAUGAACGCCAGCCGGCCAUGCGCCCAGCUACCCUACAUACCAUCAACCUCCAGACCUCUUCUCUCCGUAACCUCCGCCUUCCCAAGCGCCUGAGGGUGGUGUAUUUCUUCGCACGGACCCGACUGGCCCAGAGAAUCAUCAUGACUGGGACGGUGGUCUGGAUUGGCAUCUUGGUUUACACCGAUCCGGCGGGCUUCCGCCUCUACCUGGCCUCCCACGUCGCGGAGCAGAGCGAAGCUGGGCUGCCGGUGCUGCCGGGCGCUGGGGAGGUCCUGCCGACGGGCGCCGAUGCCAAAUUGUCCCUCUCGGUCUUCUCGGCCGAUCCCGGGCGGUCCCCCUCGCCACCGCUGCUCGUGGAAAACCAGACGUCGGAGUCUUCACACCAUCCGGAGGCGGAGCGCCCUGCCGAGGAGCCGAGGAACGCCAGGAGCAGGGGGCAUCCGGAGGUGGGCUCCACGGCGGAAGUGACGUGGGGCGCCGAAGACGAAGAGCUCUGGAGAAAACUCUCCUUUCGCCACUGGCCCUCGCUCUUCAGCUACUACAACGUCACCCUGGCCAAACGGUACAUUAGUAUCCUUCCAGUCAUCCCUGUCACCCUGUACCUGGAGCCCCAAGAGGCUUUGGACGCACGGCAUCCGCACGAAGCCAAUCGGUAUCAGUCCUCCUUCUCGUUGGGCAUCGUGAAAGCGGAACAGGCAGGCCGGCUUUCAGACGAGAAGCCCAAAGGGCACAGCCCGCAAGAUGUCACCCUCUACAAGGUGGCUGCCCUUGGCCUGGCAUCUGGCAUUCUUUUGGUCCUUCUCCUCUUUUGUCUCUACAAAGUCUUGUGCCCCAAGAAUUAUGGGCAAAGCGGGCUUUCCCACAGUCGGCGGCGAAGAGGGGACCUCCCCUGCGACGACUACGGAUAUUCGCCUCCCGAAACGGAGAUCAUCCCCCUCGUCCUCCGAGGCCACCUCAUGGACAUCGAAUGCCUGGCUAGCGAUGGGAUGCUGUUGGUCAGUUGCUGCCUGGUGGGCCAGAUCCGGGUGUGGGACGCGCAGACAGGCGACUGCCUGAUGGUCAUUCCUAAGCAAUGCUUGCCCCGGGAUAACAGUAGCAGCCUCCCGGAUUUUCAGGAUUGUUGGGAUUACAGUCCCGACGGGCGCAGCUUUCCGGAAGACUCCUGGGACGGUAGCCCUCCGUUCUGUCGCACCCGCAGCCCCCCACCGCCCCUGCUCUUCAGCGACCAACCGGAUCUCUCUUCCUUGAUCGAUACAAAUUUUUCAGAGCAACGCCCACGCGGAGCCCCAGGACCGCGCCUCCGUAGCAUCGGGGGACGGCCGGACGGCUAUGACUUUGGCAGCCUGGUGGGAAGGGCAUGCGAGCAUGGAGCCCUGAACUGCACGGCCUUCUCCCGCGUCUCGACUGUUGCGAAGCCCCGCGUUGGCGAGGACCCCGAAUGCCUCCCACAACGGGGCGGCUUGGUGGCCAACGAGCCCGCCAGCGUCCCCACGAAAAGCCCCCCUCCAAUUUCCUGGCAGGGCGAUGUGGACAGCUCGGUCUGGAGUUUAGAACUGCAGGGGAAUCUCAUCGCGGCCGGCCGGAGCAACGGGAGGCUGGAGGUGUGGGACGCUAUUGAGGGGACCCUCCAGUGCAGCCGUGAAGACGGGGCGUCCGGAAUCACCUCCCUCGUCUUUCUGAGUGACAGGAUUGUGGCUGCCAGGCUGAACGGCUCCCUCGAUUUUUAUUCUCUCAGGACCCCCCUGUCCAUGCCGCUCUCCCCCUUCCAGGCCACUCCGGGCAGGAACAGCCUCCCGUCACCGCCGGUCUACAGCCCCAAUGACCUCCUCAGCUGCCAGCUGACUCACACAGUGACCUGCGCUCACCAAAAGCCCAUCACCACCCUGAAGGCUGCGGCCGGCCGGCUAGUGACCGGCAGCCAGGACCACACUCUACGAGUGUAUCGCCUAGAAGAUUCCUGUUGUCUCUUCACCCUACAAGGCCACUCGGGGGCCAUCACCGCCGUCUACAUCGACCAGACCAUGGUGCUGGCGAGUGGGGGCCAGGAUGGUGCCAUCUGCCUCUGGGACGUCCUGACGGGCAGCCGCGUGAACCACAUCUGCGCCCAUCGGGGUGAUGUCACCUCCCUGACCUGUACCACCUCGUGUGUCAUCAGCAGUGGCCUGGACGACAUCAUCAACAUCUGGGACCGGGCCUCGGGGAUCAAACAUUAUUCCAUUCAGCAGGACAUGGGCUGUGGAGCCAGCCUGGGCGUGAUCUCAGACAAUUUGCUAGUCACUGGCGGUCAAGGCUGCGUCUCCUUCUGGGACAUUGGCUAUGGCGACCUGUUGCAGACGGUCUACCUGGGCAAGAGCAAUGAGUCGCAGCCGGCCCGGCAAAUCCUGGUGCUGGAGAACGCGGCCAUUGUCUGCAACUUCGGCAGUGAACUCAACCUGGUUUACGUACCGUCAGUGCUCGAGAAGCGGGACUGAAAGGGUGGGAGGCAGAGGAAGAGAAUCAAGAAGCCCCUAACCCAUCCCGUCCCUUUGAACUGCUCCUGGACACCCAGCGAUGCAGGGAAGAUACUUGGCAGAGUUUUCUGUCCCCUGGAAGAACGGGAAGGAGGCCGAUGUCGAAUCUUCCAAUUUUCUGGAUUUGGGGCGAGGUGGGGCAUGAGGCCAGGGCCACCGUUCUGGAAGGGUUGUAGUGGAUGGACGCCGGGGAACAACUAUUGGCGAGCCAGGCAGGAGAGUUUUCCACAACCCUGCGGCAGCGACGUUUCCUUUGCCGUCCAUUUGGGUGGGUGCUGAAUCUGGCCACACAGGAGCCCUCAAAAAAAUGGGCUGGGGGCAAAGAAUGGGAGGGCUUCCCCAGUGCCCCCUUUGUCUCCUGAGCCAUUUAAUUGGGGUGGGGUGGGGGCUUCCAAAUCUAGGGAAAUGAAACAAGCCAGAUUGAUUCCAUCCACCGCAGGCUUCAGCCAGUGAUCUGCAGCAGGUGUGAAAAGAGUGGGUGCAGUUACUCCCCGUUGUAUUUAUUUCUGCUGUACAUAGUUAUUUAUUCCAGCACAUCAGGGGGAGAGAAUAGGAGAUACGCUGCCUGCUGUAAACCGAGAUCAUGAAAAUGGGCUUGCUGGCUGCUGCAAGCCGAGCUUAAAGAUCAGGGAUGGGAUGUCACCGAUUCCCCUUUGCUUUGACACUAAACCUGCCCAGCGCGGACUUCAGGGCAGCUUUACCGGCUGUAGGCAUGGCUGUGUUGUCAUCCCCCCCACCCCUGGUAAAGAUAGAGUCCCAACCGUGAUUCAACCGAGUCAUGGCGGUUUUCAGGGAUCCAAUCAGAGUGUUAUUCAGGUUUUGACCAGUUCUGGAGAACCAGUAGCGGAAAUUUUGAGUAGUUUGGAGAACCGGUGGUAACCUUCCUCCUGGAGUGGGGGGGUGGGAAUGGAGAUUUUGCAGUAUCCUUCCCCUGCCACACCCACCAAGCCAUGCCCACAGAACCGGUAGUAAAAAAAAUUGAAACCCACCACCGGAUCUAAUGUCUGCCUCGGACAGACAUGCAGUUCCCACGGUUCAGCAUCAUGUAGAGUUUUGUGUCCCGAAGACCCAGAGGGCAUACCAUAAACGGGUUUGUCUGCUGAGUCGAUGUGGGUGCCACGAUGGGAAAAUUAACUAGAACGGGGAGGGGGGAAAAAGUGGGGUGGGGGAGAUUUCAGUUGGUCCAAAAGACACGAGAAAUGUUCGGGAAGUGCAGUUAAUAUACGUGGUUUAUUUCUUAAUUUAAAGCCAUUUGCAUAGGAACUAGUUUAUUUAUAAUUUAGGACCGCUGCUUGUAAGGCGCUCAUCGGCAGGAGGCGGCUUGGGGGCUUGCCUGCUGAGGUUUGGCAGCCUUGCGCCCAAGGCCGGAUGGGGUGGGGCAUGGUAGAGCUAAACCAUUCCCCGAUGUUUCUUAACCAUGGCCAUUUCCAGACCUGUAGACUUCUUGCAGCUAGUUAGGGUACAGGCGGUCCUCAUCUUACGGCCACAACAGCCUGCCCACGUUCACUGUAAAAUGGGCCAGCCUGCUGGCAGCAUCCCGCAACCGUGUGACCAAUUCCUGACGUUUUUGCCAGGGGUUGUUAAAACACCACAGAAAUUACGUGAACCCCUUGUUCACCGUGGCACAAUUAUGCUGAAAACCAGAAGUGGUUCCUACGGACAAAACUCUCGUAAAUCGAGGUCAGGCAAACCAUAGGGGGAGGGGCUUGUAGGAUGCUGCAAAUAUGGUCGUGGGUCUGAGUGGGUUGUAAGUCGUAACUCUUUACAGUUGCUAAGUACAUGUAUUCUGAGUGAAGGCCACGUAUCUCGAAGGGAUGCGUGCAGAUUGGGACAGAUCGAGCCCCUCUUCCCAGCCCUGUCAUCCCGCAUCCUGCCCCCCCCACCCCCCCUGGUCCAAUGCCCAUAUGAUGCCUCCAGUGGCCUUAGCUCUGCUGUACCCUUUCGACUGUAUGGUAGAUGCUUUUAUACACGAUUGUGUUUUGUAACGUGUACAGGCACAUUAAAGAGAAUUAACUUCA